AUUCCGAGAGCGAGAGCCACGCUCAAGAUCCCCCUCCAAACUAUAUGACUCUUGGGAUUGAGUGAGGUUUGUAUAAAAGGCGGCUGGAGAAUUAGAAUCUCGUUCACAUUGCUUCCACCGACCGACAAUAAUACAAAGCUCAAUAGCUAAGUUUAAACCUAUCCCCAUAUACAUCCAGUACUAAUCCACUUGAGACCAAUUGUGUUAGUUCUUGCUCCAAAAAGACUUUAAAUUGUGGUGAAGUUUUUCUUUUAAAGAAUUUCUAUAAAAUCAGUUCUUUCUGUGUAUCUUGAUCUUCAGUUAAUCUAGACAGGAAGACAGAGAAAAUGCAGCGAAAAAUCUUCAUCCUCUUGGCCCUGUUUGCCCUCACCUAUGCCCGACCCACGGAGAAUGAUGUCCCUGCAGCCAAGGAUGUUGCUGCUGUUGAAACAAAAGACAGUCCUGCCGCCCAAGUAGAUGAUUCCUCAAAGUCAGUAUCUGACGAGACUGUGGAAGUGGCAAAGGCUCUUCCGGUGGCUGAGAAACCAGCAUCACCAGCAGCCGAAGCUGAUGCAUCAAAAUCCGAAGAACAGAGAAAGCUGCCAGAAUCUGUGGAAUCCAAGGAAAACUCCAAAUCUGACGAAGAUCUGCCCAAACCUGAGGAACCCAAAGCCCUGCCAGCUGCUGGUGAAUCAGCAAAACCCGUCCAGGAGGAGAAAAAAGUGGAGGCGGAUCUGAAGAAGAAUGAGGCUGGAGCAGCUCCCCCAGAGCCCGCUAAGGCUGAGCCUGUGGCCGAUGAUGCUGUCCGACAAGUCAGAGACACCGAGGAACCCAAGGAGGAAGCCAAGGAGGCUGAGAAGAAGGAAGAGAAGAAGCCCACAGAGGACAAGAAACUCCCAGAGGAGCCAAAAGAAGCUGAAAAACCUGCUGCUCCUGCCGCUGAGGCAGCUGCUGAGGCAAAGAAUGUCCAGGGAGACGAAGCUCCAGGUGCCAAGAGAAAUCUAGAUGAGAAGACACCCGCCAAACCCGAAGAGCCCGCUAAAUCCGAACAACCUGCCAAACCAGAACAACCACAGCAGGCACCCAAUGCAGCAGCACCAGAAGCCCCAGCUGCACCAGCUGCACCAGCUCCACCUGCUCCACCAGCAGUCCCUGCCGCACCCCAACCCCCACCAGCCACCUCUGACAGCCAAGAAUCCGCCGAACCCAACUCCCAAGAGAGUCAGGAAUCCAACGAGUCUGCUUAAGAGCACGGAGACACACCUUUUACAGAAUCACCCGCCUCAGAAAACUUACUCCCAGAGAAAGGUCAAUUUGGCAAAAUCUGCAAAAGCUCAAAGAUGGCGGACUAACGUCUUCUCCAUUUCAAAAUUUACAAACUUUUACAAAUUUUGCCCAAUUAACCUUCCUCUCUGAGCUCCAUUAUAAUCUCACAAUACACAAUUUCCUGCGCAAUUUAGCGAGUAGCAAUCUCUUUUUCCCCCCAAUUCCCCCCCCCCCAACCUUCCCCCUUUCGAUUUUAUAAUUUUAUUAAUAAUUUGUAAUUGUAAUGCAAUUAACGAUUAUGAGUCAUUUUUUUUACGUCGAUCAAAUUAUUUUGAGUGACACGAGAUGAAUAAAAGAGGGGCAGAACAACAAAUCAAGAAAAAAAACUAUAAAUUUUUUAAAACUAUUUUAAGGCUAUGUUUGAGACAUUGUGAGAUCAGAGUAACAAGACAUGUCCUAUGGAAAAAUGACAAUAGAGUAAGGACACUUCCACUGAAUAUCCUCUAAAGAGGCUGUGGAAGUAUCCAUGGAACUGAUGGAAUGUCAAGAGAUUACAAAAAAAAAAAAUGGAAAGACAUAGCUUGUAAUUCUCCCUAGUUCUUAGUUAAAUCAAUAAAGAUAGAAUUUACAGAUGGAAAA